CUAAGAUAUCCUCCCAUCCCUGGGGGUGCAGAGUCGCAUUCCUCCUCGUCUUCCUCCAGAGGCGUUUUGGCCCAAACUGUGGAUUGUUCUGGCGCAGAGUUUGACAUCAUCUUGCCCUCGGCCGUGCGUGCUUCUUGAAAGCCAUGCCGGCCGCGAUGGGAAUCAACGGCUUUGGUCGCAUCGGUCGCCUGGUCUGCCGCGCAGCGCUCGGCAACCCUGAGGUGCAGCUGAAGGCAAUCAACGACCCCUUCAUGGACCUCGAGUACAUGGUCUACAUGCUUACUGUAUGCACGACUCCGUGCGCAAGCGCUACCCGGGCACCAUCGCCACGAAGGUGGCUGACGGCAAGGAGUUCCUGAUCGUGGACGGCAAGGACACUGCGGUGCUCCACGAGAAGGACCCGUCGUUCAUCCCGUGGGGUGCAGCGGGCGCCAGCUACAUCUGCGAGUCCACCGGCGUCUUCACUGCCCAAGAGAAGGCUGAGCUGCACAUCAAGGGUGGUGCCAAGAAGGUAUGUAAUUACCUCUGCUCCUCCCAAGGACGCCCAUCUACGUCGUCGGUGUGAACCACACCGAGUAUAAGGCCUCGGACACCGUGGUGUCGAACGCGUCUUGCACCACGAACUGCCUGGCCCCAUUGACCAAAGUGGUGCACGAGAAGUUUGGCAUCGUGGAGGGUCUCAUGACCACGGUGCACGCUAUGACGGCAACGCAGCUCACGGUGGACGGCCCGUCCCGUGGCGGCAAGGGCUGGCGUGGCGCCCGCUGCGCCUCCCAGAACAUCAUCCCGUCCUCCACAGGCGCCGCCAAGGCCGUCGGAAAGUGCCUCCCCGCUGUGAACGGCAAGCUUACGGGCAUGGCCUUCCGCGUGCCCACCCCGGACGUGUCGGUCGUGAACUUGACGUGCCGCCUGGAGAGGGGCGCGAAGUACGACGAGAUCGUGGCGGUUGCGAAGGAGGCGGCCGCGGGCACGAUGAAGGGAGUCCUAGACUGGACCGACGAGGAGGUUGUGUCGACUGACUUCGUGAGCUGCAAGUCGUCCUCCAUCUUCGACGUCAGCGCCGGCAUCUCUUUGAGUGACACCUUCGUCAAGCUGGUGUCCUGGUACGACAACGAGUGGGGCUACUCUAACCGCCUCGUGGACCUGUGCUGCCACAUCGCCGAGGUUGAUGGCGCCUGAUCCAUUCCUGACUCGUUGGGAGCGCGUUGCGCCGCCAGUUUUCUCGAACGCGCGAGAGUUGUUCGAAGUGAA